AUGUCAGGAAUUCAGACCAACACAACUGUUGGACCACAGUACAGAGGAUUACUGGAACUUGUAUUGUCUGCUAUUCCUAUUACUCUGCCAUGUUUUGUCUUUCUUUACAUUAAUGGGGUCAUGCUCUUCACACUGAGGAGUAAACCAGUGUUACGUGAGACCUGCCGUUACAUUCUUUUAUAUAAUCUCCUUUUUGCAGACACUUUACACCUCACAUUGAGUCAGUUAUUAUAUUUUCUGACUAUCAGAAUCAGGCUGACUUAUCCUCUGUGUGGUGUUCUCAUCAUGUUUGCCCAUCUCUUCAGUGACAUCUCUCCUCUAACACUAGUGGUGAUGUCUUUAGAGAGAUAUGUAGCUGUUUGCUACCCACUGAGACACUCUACUGUUGUCACCAGCAGAAAUACAGCAGUUGCUAUUGUUGUGAUUUGGGCCUUCAGUUCAUUAAAUGUUCUUACUCGACUUGUUUUACUGUUAGAUUUUCCGUUUGAAAACCUGCAGACUCUGCAGAUGACAGCCAUGUGCUCUGCUCAAGCUAUGUUUCUCAAUCCAGUGUCUGAACAAUAUGACCAAGCCUACAAAUAUUUUCUGUUUGUAUCAGCUGGUGUUACAGUCAUUGCUUCAUUUAUUGGUGUAACAAUAGCAGCCACGUCAGCCUCCACAGACAAAGCUUCAGCCCAUAAGGCUCGUAAAACUCUGCUUCUACAUCUGUUUCAGCUCGGCCUCAGUCUCUUCUCAACCCUAUACAAUCCACUGGUCAGAGAGAUUUCAAUGGUUGUGGACAGAAUAAGAGCUCUGCAUAUGCAAACUGCUCUUUAUGUUGUGGUUAUUAUGCUCCCUAGAUGUCUGAGUGCUCUGAUCUAUGGUAUUAGAGACAACACCAUCAGACCCAUCCUCAUGUAUUAUCUGUGCUGUCAGAGGAAGUUUUCAGUCGUCCUGAAAGAAGCUGAGAGACAUCCAGUGGACUUUAAUGACUACAGGCCUGUAGCCCUCACCAUAAUGAAGACACUUGAAAGGCUGGUCCUCUCCUGUCUAAGUCCCAGUGUGAGGAUGUACAUGGAUCCUCUACAGUUUGCAUACCAGCCUAACAUCGGUGUGGAUGAUGCUCUCAUCCACAUGUUACAGAGGGCCCAGGCACACCUGGACACCUCGGAUGCAGCUGUGAGGAUCAUGUUUUUUGACUUUUCAAGUUCCUUCAACACGAUCCAGCCAGGGCUGCUUGGUGUGAAGCUGAGAGAGAUGCAGUGUGGGGGUUGA